CUCUGUCCGGCUGUCUGUCCAUCCGCAGACAACACAGUCCAGGAGCAGGAAUGUGGAGGAGUGAGAGCAGUCUGAAAACAAACUGCGCGCUUCUUCCCUCCCCUCCUCACUGUCUGGAAGAGAGUCUUAAAGGUGUAAAACUUAUUAUUCAGUAUAAACAGAACAAGACGAUUGGGGAUAAAAGCAUCAUAUAGUCAACCCAGGACAGCAUGGUACACCCAUUCUCUCCCUUCUCCUUCUAGCUCCUCAUAUGUUCUUUUGUCCUCCAUUUUCUCCAGCGCAAGACCCAGCAGCAGAAGCCAAGAGAAGACCCCAGAGUAUGCAGCUCUGACUGGCUAUCCUCUUGCCAAGAGGUUUUCCCUGGCAAGUCCCUCGAUGCUCCUUCCCUCCAAGCCGUUGCCUCCCAUCCAGAGGAGCUCUCCUUCUGCCACGCCAAGCAAGAUGUGCAGCGGAGAGCAGGAGACUGGGAAUGCUGGCAACGGCUGGGAUGAGGAGAGUAGAAAAAGCCAGGAGCUCAGAGCAGAGGGAAAAGGAAGAGAGACCUCCUUGCUGUGCUCCACUGGCGGGGAAAUGAAGAAGAGACAAUUGGGAAAAUCUUUAAUCCCCCGUCUACGCAAGGCAGGAAUUCCCCCUGUGGGCAGUGCUGCUGGGUCUGUGCACAGCUCUCCAAAGAUGGAAUUGCAGGAGUCCCAGGAGAUGAGCGCAAGACCCAGCAGCAGAAGCCAAGAGAAGACCCCAGAGUAUGCAGGCCUCUCACUGAGUCAGGCCAAGGAGACAGAUCAUCCCAGCAGUCCUGGUCUUAGGAGUGACAAGGAGCGGAGGGACAUCUUUGGAAAGACCCGCGCUGAAUUGUGCAGGUUGGCUAAAGAGAACUUAGAGCAGAAGAAAAUGGAGAUUUUGAUGGAAGAGAUGAAGAGGAGACAAAAUGAGAAAUCAUUGCAGCUUCCUCCAGAGACAUUUGAGCCUGGAGAUGCAGCUGAAGCAAGCUCCUCUUUGGUGCCUGCAGGCUUCAGCCUACCACCUAUCAAUGGCACAGCUCCCAGUGUACAGAGAAAAGACCCUGGUAGCGCCAUGAAGAAAACGGUCGUGAGAAAGCAGGACACGGUGCCCUUACAGCCCAGUACGCCCACCCUCCAUGGAGAUGGCAGCUUCCCACGCAGCUCCUCGGGUAAGCCUGCUCCAUGGCAGCAUUUUCCUGCAGGGGUUUGUCCUUGCAAAAGGAGCACAAACUGCCUCCUGCCUCAGCCAGCACAGCCGGGAUCUUGGGUUCAUAGUGUGUCCUGAGAAUGAACAGCAAAUCUACUUUGGAGUUACUCCAGCUUGGUAGUCUAGAAUAUUUGAAGUCAAUGGAAACAGAGGCACUGUCAGGUGU